ACGUUGAAGAGCCCGUUUUCCACGGCCGUAGAAUGACUACUGGAGUGAAUCUGAAAUCGAGUCCCGCUCUACAAGCCAGGAUCGAGGAGCGAAGGCGGCGCGGUCCUCUGGAUCACCUUCCGCCCCCGGCGAACUCCAACAAGCCCCUCACUCCGUUUAGCAUCGAAGAUAUACUCAGCAAGCCCUCGGUGAAAAAGAACUCCCACCUCUGCCCGACGAGCCGCUCGGGCCCGGCCGAGAAAAUAUCCGGCGUGGGGGCUGCGCGGAAUGGGCUCCCUCCUCAAACCUCGCCGCUCUGUGCCCUGGAAGAACUUGCCAGCAAAACUUUCAAAGGUCUGGAGCUGAGUGUGAUACAAGCAGCCGAGGGCCGGGAUCACGUAACGACGUUUGGCCAAAGACAGCCCUCAAAAAAGAGACGGAAGUCGCGCACCGCUUUCACCAACCACCAGAUUUACGAGUUGGAGAAGAGAUUCCUUUACCAAAAGUACUUGUCUCCCGCCGACAGAGAUCAGAUAGCCCAACAGCUGGGUUUGACCAACGCUCAGGUCAUAACAUGGUUCCAGAACCGGAGAGCCAAGCUCAAGCGGGACCUGGAGGAGAUGAAAGCGGACGUGGAGUCCUUGAAAAAACUGCCGCCGCAGCAGUUGGAGAAGCUGGUGCACAUGGAAGAGUUCCCGGAGGAAGGAGCCGGCUCAAAGGCCGACUCCUCGGACUUAUCCCCCAAACUCUCCCCGGUGUCGGCACUUGGACCCUUCUCCAACUCGCCGCAGUGUUCCUCCAGAGAUCAGACUACUGACGAAUUCUCGGAAGACGAGGAAAUAGACGUGGACGAUUGAUUGAGAUCAUAAAAGUAUAUAUUUAAGGUUAUAUUAAAACGUCAGAAACUGGGUUAACCCUCUGAAGCUCUGCAGAUGAAGAAACGGUUGGAAUUUAAUCGCAUCCUUUCUUAAGACAAAUAUUUUCAAUCUUUUUAAAAGAAACAUUUUAAAGUCCAAGUUAACCUUGGGAUCUCCGCACGUUCUCGAUUAUCCAAAGGAACUGAUAUAUAUAUCUGAACAGGACAAUUCUUUCCUCUGUUGUAUGUAAGAACCUUUAUCGGGUUUAUUUGUUUUCGGGCGAUUGAGUGCAAUUUUAAACGUAUAUUAAUUAUCUGUCUUUUUAUUUCUCUUUUUAAUUGUUCGUUUAAUUUGAAUGACUGAUUACAGAUUCCCGGCCAGCAAGUUCCUGGAACUCCCCGAAUAUCGGAUAGCCCCAGCGUGCUAUUAAAAUAUUUAUAUAUAGGUAUUUUAAGAAAUCCAACGAAUAAUACCUUCAGUAAAUUCACCUUCCAGAAUGGGGAGGCAUUGGAAUUGAAACUUUGAAUUUGUAAUGAAAAUAGAAACUUUUUUU